AUGGCUUCUGAAAAGAACAUAGCAGAAUACGACCAUAACGAAACAGCAAGUAACAAUGGCAAUUUGGGCAAUGCUUGUCUUAGUUCAGGAGAAUAUCAGAAAGCCAUUGACCAUUACAAAACAGGUUUAGAAAUAAGCACUGCUAUUGGCGAUCGGUCAGGAAUAGCAAGUAACAAUGGCAAUUUGGGCAAUGCCUAUCUUAGUUUAGGAGAAUAUCAGAAAGCCAUUGACCAUUACGAAACAGGUUUAGAAAUAAGCACUGCUAUUGGCAAUCGGUCAGGAAUAGCACGUAACAAUGGCAAUUUGGGCAAUGCCUAUCGACGUUUAGGACAAUAUCAGAAAGCCAUUGACCAUUACAAAACAGGUUUAGAAAUAAGCACUGCUAUUGGCGAUCGGUCAGGAAUAGCAAGUAAGAAUUGCAAUUUGGGCAAUGCCUAUCGAUGUUUAGGAGAAUAUCAGAAAGCCAUUGCCCAUUACAAAACAGGUUUAGAGAUAAGCACUGCUAUUGGUAAUCGGUCAGGAAUAGCAAGUAACAAUGGCAAUUUGGGCAAUGCCUAUCUUAGUUUAGGAGAAUAUCAGAAAGCCAUUGACCAUCUCAAAACAGGUUUAGAAAUAAGCACAGCUAUUGGCGAUCGGUCAGGGAUAGCAAGUAACAAUGGCAAUUUGGGAAAUGCCUAUCGAUGUUUAGGAGAAUAUCAGAAAGCCAUUGACCAUUGCAAAACAGGUUUAGAAAUAAGCACUGCUAUUGGUGAUCGGUCAGGAAUAGCAAGUUUAAAUGGCAAUUUGGGCAAUGCCUAUCUUAGUUUAGGAGAAUAUCAGAAAGCCAUUGACCAUUUCAAAACAGGUUUAGAAAUAAGCACUGCUAUUGGCGAUCGGUCAGGAAUAGCAAGUAACAAUGGCAAUUUGGGCAAUGCCUAUCGAUAUUUAGGAGAAUAUCAGAAAGCCAUUGACCAUUACGAAACAGGUUUAGAAAUAAGCACUGCUAUUGGCGAUCGGUCAGGAAUAGCAAGUAACAGUGGCAAUUUGGGCAAUGCCUAUCGACGUUUGGGAGAAUAUCAGAAAGCCAUUGACCAUUACAAAACAGGUUUAGAAAUAAGCACUGCUAUUGGCGAUCGGUCAGGAAUAGCAAGUAACAAUGGCAAUUUGGGCAAUGUCUAUCUUAGUUUAGGAGAAUAUCAGAAAGCCAUUGACCAUUACAAAACAAGUUUAGAAGUAAGCACUGCUAUUGGCGAUCGGUCAGGAAUAGCAAGUAACAAUGGCAAUUUGGGCAAUGUCUAUCUUAGUUUAGGAGAAUAUCAGAAAGGCAUUGACCAUUACAAAACAGGUUUAGAAAUAAGCACUGCUAUUGGCGAUCGGUCAGGAAUAGCAAAUAAGAAUGGCAAUUUGGGCAAUGCCUAUCUUAAUUUAGGAGAAUAUAAGAAAGCCAUUGACCAUUACAAAACAGGUUUAGAAAUAAGCACUGCUAUUGGCGAUCGGUCAGGAAUAGCAAGUAACAAUGGCAAUUUGGGCAAUGCCUAUCGAUGUUUAGGAGAAUACCAGAAAGCCAUUGACCAUUACAAAACAGGUUUAGAAAUAAGCACUGCUAUUGGCGAUCGGUCAGGAAUAGCAAGUAACAAUGGCAAUUUGGGCAAUGCCUAUCGACGUUUAGGAGAAUAUCAGAAAGCCAUUGACCAUUGCAAAACAGGUUUAGAAAUAAGCACUGCUAUUGGCGAUCGGUCGGGAAUAGCACGUAAGAAUGGCAAUUUGGGCGAUGCCUAUCUUAGUUUAGGAGAAUAUCAGAAAGCCAUUGACCAUUACAAAACAGGUUUAGAAAUAAACACUGCUAUUGGAGAUCGGUCAGGAAUAGCAAGUAACAAUGGCAAUUUGGGCAAUGUCUAUCGACGUUUAGGAGAAUAUCAGAAAGCCAUUGACCAUUACAAAACAGGUUUAGAAAUAAGCACUGCUAUUGGCGAUCGGUCAGGAAUAGCAAGUAAGAAUGGCAAUUUGGGCAAUGCCUAUCUUGAUUUAGGAGAAUAUCAGAAAGCCAUUGACCAUUACAAAACAGGUUUAGAAAUAAGCACUGCUAUUGGCGAUCGGUCAGGAAGAGCAAUUAACCUCAGCAAUUUAGGAAAUGCGCAUCGAUGUCUUGGAGAGUAUGAAGUUGGAACACCACUCUUAGUGAAGUCAAUUAGUUUGUACGAUAGAAUGUUUUUGGAUUUCGUUCCGGAUCAAAAUAAGCUGUCAUUCACGAUACAAUAUUUCGUAUCUCAUAAACGUUUGAUGUGUUGUUUCCUUUCUUUGGAACGCAUUGAAUCCGCAUUAUUAGUCAUUGACCUUGGUAGGGCUAAGGAGCUCCAUUGCUGUGUUGAAAAACAGAAGAAUUCUGUUGGCAAGGACAUGUUCGAUUAUGCACGUGUGAUAUGGAAUAGAAUCGGGUCCAGGGAAGAACGAAGAGAAAUCGAAGAAAUGAAAACAUUUCUCCAUCUAGGAGAAAAUGAUACCUCAGUAUUAGUAUUUGCUUUUGAUUUGGAAGCUUUUCUUAAUGUUUGGGUUUUAAAUGAUGAAGUUAUCUUUCGAAAAUUGGAUGCAUGUUUGGAAACAUUUCAGUUUCUAAUUAUGGAACUUCUUGGGAGGGAAAAUGUUAGUGUUGCUCGGAAUUCUUCGUUUUGCAACUCCGAUUCAGUUGUUGAUACUCACAAUCAAAUGAUUUUUCCAUUUGAAAUGCCGAACGGAAAGGCACUCUCUAAAAAUGCAUUUGAAAAUACUGCUUGCUAUAGUGAUUUGAGUAAUCGAGAAAUUUUGGAAAGAUUGUUCAAACUUUUAGUUGAUCCGGUGAAAGAUCUUGUUAACGGCAAUAAGCUCAUUGUCGUCCCUGACCGGCAAUUGUUUUUUACACCGUUUUCGGCAUUAAUUGAUGAAAAUGGCUCUUAUUUAUCCAACAGUUACAGCGUUCAAAUUACACCUUCAUUGCAUACCCUGAAGUGUACCAUGGAACAAUCCUGUGACUCAAACUUUGGUUUUGCGUUGUUUGUUGGUAAUCCAACUGUUGGAAGAGUUUGUUUAAACGGAAAAGACGUUACACCCUCUGACUUGCCUAAUGCCGCUGAAGAAGUUAAAUGUUUGUCAAAACUUUUCCAAGCUAGGCCUUUUUUAGGACGCGAAGCAAGAAAAGAGGUAGUAUUGCAACAUCUAAGUGUUGCUAGUAUAAUCCAUAUCGCUGCCCAUGGCGAACCAAAUCGAGGUGAAAUAAUGCUUGCGCCAAACUCUUCCCAGGUGCAACCAUGUUUGGCUGUUCCCAUGCCAGAGUCAUAUCUUCUCACACAGCGAGAUAUUCUAAAUAUUUCUGUGCAAGCUCGCUUGGUAGUUCUAUGCUGUUGCCAUACCGGGCAAGGUGAAAUUACUUCGGAAGGUGUCAUAGGUAUAACUCGAGCUUUUCUUGCAGCCGGAGCGCGCUGUGUUCUUGCUACACUAUGGCCGAUUGACGAUAGUGGCACAAAAGAGUUUAUGGAAAAAUUCUACGGCGAACUUUGCCAAGAAACAAGAGUUUGUGAAGCUUUAAGAAGAACAAUGAACCUCUUUCAGACACACGAAAUAGAAAAUUACCGAUCCAGUAGGAUCUGGGGUGCAUUUACUAUCUAUGGAGAAGACGCGAGGUUCCGUAAGAAUGAGAUUAAGCAAAUCAGAGAAAAAUCUC